AUGCUCAACCCAGUCUCCGGCAGCACUUCUCCAACUAAGACCAUCUUCAGUGCCGUCGAGACCAACAUGACCUCAGUCAUGGACGACGACAACCAGAGCGUCACCAGCAGCGUCCAAUUGCCACGUGCCCCACCACCAACUGGACCCAACACCGUUGUUGGAGAGAAGCUCCCAACCGCCGACGAGAUUGGCCAACACCUGCUCUACUCUUCACCCAUUGGCAUCACCCGCAGCACUCCAGCUACCUCGGUGGUUGGACCACAGGACAUUCCCACCAUCACUUUCGGUGGCGUCAAGAGCGGCGGAGGCGGCGGCAGCAGCAGCAGAGAGCAGUACCCAGAGCAGAGCAUUUGGUUGGAGGUCGCAGAAGAGAGACUCGUGGACGGAUUGGGUCGUCUCGUGCAGUAUGCCAAGGACAUGAACACUCGUGACCCUACCAAGACCGUGGGCCACUACUACAGCGAGCGUCUCGCUAAGAUGCUGAAGGAGGGAGCCGUUGAGUUCGACUUGAACUACAUGAAGUAA